GCCCCUGGUGCCCGGCCUGUCUUGGAACUCCUGAUCCUCCUGCCUUGGCUUCUUCUGUGCUGAUUACAGGUAUGCACCACCACGCCCAACUGAUUCAUUCCUUUUUAUAACCAAACCAUAUUAACAUUGUACAAACAGACCACAUUUAUAUUCUCCUCCAUCACAUCCUCAUGGCUCUCACCUUUUUGACUGUGGUGAAUAGUGCUGCUCUGAUCCUUCCUAAGUUCCUUUUAAUGUUUUAUACAGGUUACAUUUAGUGACCUCUUUGAAACUGAUUUGUUGGAUUGAUUCAUCUAAGAGAUCAUCCCCAUUUUUGAAGAUGAAAAGGCAGCAGCGCAGACCUUCCGGGAUACUUGCCUGGAGGCCAGUCCCACGACAGACCCAGGCUGGGACCCACCAGGCUGGCUUUGCCCACUGUUAUUUUCAGUGUACCACCUGGAUGCUGGUCCUUGAGAGCCAUGCCAGAUCAUCUCCAAGGAGGAUGGAGCACCACACACAGCUCUAAGAAGAGCAGGUGGUGCCGUAAGCCCAGAGGGGGCAGCUCUACCCUCAGGACACAGAAAAGUUGCUUCCAUGCUGCACCGCCCAGCUGGGCCCCUGGAAACCUGGCUUGGCGGGAGCUGAGAUGUACGAGAAGCAGACAGGGGUCAUCAGCAUGCAGUGUGGAAUGAUUGAUGAAAUUUUUCCUGCGUGCAGGUACCGGCUGCCUGGUUCGAGCCGUGGAGAUGGCUGCCCAGCGCCAGGCCGACAUCAUCGGGAAGCCCAGCCGGUUUAUCUUCGACUGCGUGUCCCAGGAAUACGGCAUCGUCCCGGAGCGCACCAUCAUGGUGGGGGACCGCCUGGACACAGACAUCCUGCUGGGCGCCACCUGUGGCCUGAAGACCAUCCUGACCCUCACCGGAGUCUCCACUCUUGGAGAUGUGAAGAGCAAUCAGGAAAGUGACUGUAUGUCCAAGAAGAAAAUGGUCCCCGACUUCUAUGUUGACAGCAUAGCUGACCUCUUGCCCGCCCUUCAAGGUUAAAGAUCUAGUGUCUUUAACCUCGGGAAUAAAAAAAAAAAAGAAAA